AUGGACAACAGAACAUACGAUGACACAACGGACGACGAUAGCAUUACCUACCAACAUUUCGACAGCCCUAAACAAGCCUACGCAACGCUCAAAGAAACAAAAACCAUCCUGAACCAAGUCGAAGCUCAUGUCAAAACCGUCCUUGGUAACAAUGUCCCUUUUUCUUUUACCAAGGACGCAAUUCCUUUUGCGUAUGGAAAAAUCCAGCAAUUUCUUGGGCAAGAAAAAGGGGAGGUAUUAGUGAGGGGCUUAGAUGGGGGCAUGGUUCGGUUUGAGGUUAAGAUUUGA